AUGUGCAGAUACGGGAACAAUUUUGCCAACCUCGGGUCAGUCAUCGACAGCCCUCCAGGAGACUAUCUUCUCACAGUUGCGGAAGAUGACGAGCCCGGCCUUUUGAUUCUCGAUGAAGACACAUACGAAGGCUCCAAGUACAAGGGAACCAUCAAAUUUCCCACCACGUAUCGAUGUAUCAUGCUUCGCAUCGUUCUCAAGAACAACACAACCGAUGUUGAGGAAGUCAAAGCUAUCCAAUCUCAAAGCAAGAUGACAAACAUCGAACGCGCAGGAAAGCCUAUAGCCUCGGCUCUUACGACUGGCAUUUUGGGUAACGGUCAACCCUCACCUGCCGCUUUUCUCCUCCCCUUUAACUUCAGUGCCACUCAAACAACCCAGGCUCUCCAGCUCCUAGCCCAGCUAAGCGCAUCAAAUCCACCUGUGGAAAGAUCCGACCUGGAGUGCGUCAACUCUAUGCUUGCCGCCGCUGGCCCCAAGGAUGGAAGUUAUACAGUCCCAGCUGGCCUAGACUAUGCCCAAGUCUACGAAAUCAUCGGCGGAGAGUUUAUGUCUCUUCUCGACCCACCAAACCACGCUUUCAACCAGAACGGCUGGUUCACCCUCCUUCCUAGCAUGAGCGGCAACUACGGUACAGAAUACACUGCUCGCGCAUACAUUGCAUGGUUUGGCUACCUACAGCUCGCCGAUUACGUGACUGCAUACCCUACCUCUAACGAUCCAACCCUUCCUCCAAGUGCUACUCGGGUCAUGAUGCGGCUAGCAGCGACUGAGUCCUACAUCAUGACCUUCUCCGGAAAACCGCCAGUCACUGGUUGCUGGAGCCUGACAGCAUACGGGAACACGAAUCAUCUGGUACCAAAUGAUCUGAGACGAUACUCGCUGGGCGAUCGAAGCAACUUGACUUAUGCCGACGGUGCACCGGUUUAUGAAGAUGAGCGCAGCGACAGACCAUUCUUGAUAUUGAUUCAGCCAGCGGAUAUGGUAUCGAGCUCGAAUUGGACUGAUAAUUAG